AUGGAGCCAAACUUGUUGCCAGUUUUCUAUGGAGAGAAAGUCAGCCUUCAAUGUGUCAUACAGGGAGAACCAACCAAUGGUCCGUGGUGGUACCGCUGGUACAGAGAUGGUUCUCUACUGCAAGACACAGGGAAGGAAGUAAUUUUAAUUCAGAGGGAUUACCACAGUCGUUAUAAAUGUACAGCAUCACAGCGUCCUGGGAAUGAGCUCGAAAGUGAACCUAUGAAAAUUCCUGUAAUGGGAAUACCUAAACCUACAAUCAUCAUACAGAGUCCUCAACAGCCCUUCUACCGUGGAGACAGCAUCACUCUGAGGUGUGACCUCACACAGGGUGAAGGCUGGGAGUAUCACUGGAAGAGGAAUGCCAUUCCUACAGCUACCCUAACAGUAGACCCCCAGAGUCCUGUGUUCCCUGGGGAGAAUGUCACUCUGAAGUGUGAGAUAGAUUCACCUGAGGGCUGGAUGUAUACGUGGCAUAGAGAUAUAUCUGAACUAGUGAAUAAAACUGUCGAAAGAAACAUCACCAUCACUGUCAAUGAUGCCAAAUCUGUUGAAGGCCAGUACUGGUGUCAGGGGGAGAGGAAAGACAGACCCACAGCCUCACAAGGGAGUAAUACAGUCACUAUUCACGCGAAGGCUCUCCCAAAACCUAAACUGGCCAUUGAGCCCCAGAGUCCUGUGUUCACUGGAGAGAACGUCACUCUGAAGUGUGAGAUUAAGAACCAACCUGGAUGGAAUUACAGAUGGUAUAAAGGCAACCGUUCUCACCUAAUCCCUACAUUGACAAGCAACACAACCACCAUCAAAGUGGUGGCUAAAUCUGAUGAGGGUCCUUACUGGUGCCAGGGACAGAGGACAGACAGAGACACAUUAUCACAACUGAGUGAUGAAAUUCAUAUUCGUGUGAAGGCCCUGCCUACACCUAAACUAACAAUAGAUGCCCCAAGUCCUGUGUUUCCUGGAGAAAAUGUCACUUUGAAGUGUGAGGUUAAGUCCUCAAAUGGAUGGAAAUAUAAAUGGUUUAAAAAAAACAAUCUUGAUCCAGUCGCUACAUCAGACACCAACACAACCUUUAUACGCGUUGUUGAGACCGAUGCUGGUAUUUACUGGUGUCAGGGAGAGAGGAGAGACAGACCCAUAUCAUCAAAACCCAGUAAAGAAGCUCAUCUUCAUAUAAUGCCUCUACCUGAAGCUAAGCUAACAGCAGAGCCACACAGUCCUGUGUCCACUGGGGGGACGGUCACUCUGAAGUGUGUGAUAGAGUCACACAGUAACUGGACAUAUAAGUGGUACAAGGAUACGGAAAACAAUCUUGUGAUUGAGGAGAGCAACUUCACCAUCACCAGAGCUACUGACUCUGAUGAGGGGACAUACUGGUGUCAGGGGGUGAGAAGAGAGAGACCCACAUCAACACAGCUCAGUAACUCAGUUCUUGUUGGCAAGAGGGGUGAGUAA